AUGAACCGCCCGUCGCCGCGCGCAGCGACGACCCACGCUGGCGCCGACUUCUCGCCUUCAACCCCGUCGCCUCCACCCCCAUCAGCGUCCCCUCCCACUCGCGACAAGGGCAAAGGCAGAGCCGAGCCCUCCCCGGGACGACCGCUCAUCCCACAAGGGACCGUCGACUCGCUCUCGUCGCUGCUGGAUGAUGCCCUCAGCUCGCCACUGGACCUGUCGUCUCCCAAGCCCUUGCCCGAACGUCAUGCCCCCGUUCCGCUGCGAACCCACCCGCGCGGGUCUUCAUCUCUUUCAGUCAUCCCCCGAGUGGUUCACCGCGCAAAAGCUCUUGACAAAGGUCAUGCAGGAAAUGGACAUGCGGCUCGUGCCGCUUCUUUGGACGUUCGAGCCAGCCCGCGCUCGUCGUUUGAUCCGGGACGCGUCUCCCCCAUUUCACCUGCGCUCACCCCACCGCCAGUGGCGCACCGCGGACAUGUCCCUCUGCGCCCAUCAUUGCGACCGCGACUCGUGAGUAACCUCACCCGCUCGACACUCCCAACCGCCAGCCUCACGUACGCGUAUGCAGAGGACCACUACCACCCCGGUGCCGGGUGGACGACCUCUCCACGCAUCAACAUUCCCGAGCGACCUGCCGACCAGGCCGGCGGCGAGGCCAGCGCGAGCUCGUCUCGUGCAAGAAGUGUUGUCUCGUACGAUGACAAUUACGCCUGGUCGCUCGUUAAUGCGUUCCCCGACCUCGAUCCGGAAACGGGUCUCCCUUUGGAUCUCGAGAGGCGAAGGAGUGACCCUGGCAGCCGGCUACACGUCCAGCGCACCAUCUCAGAGCUGUCACGGUACAGCCAUGAGCCUGCUGGACCGAGCCUUGCUCUGCCACUCUUUGGCGCAAUCCCUCCCUUGCCACCGCUUCCCAGCAUGCCGAACAUGUUGCGUGGGUCGCGGUCCAGCAUCGACUUGGGUGGGAGGCGCCAGUAUUCCACAUCCAACAAGCAGAGUGGAGACUGGACAACGUGGGCGUCCAACUUUUGGAGCGGGCACAAGAAGACUGUCGACGGUAUGCUUGCCGAGGAGGACCAAGCAGACACGAUCGAGGAGGAACAGGCACAGCAUGCUAUCAAGUACCACACGCCCCAGCACCCCAUGGUCUUUUGCCACGGCCUGAUGGGCUUUGACUAUCUCGGCCCAGACGCAAUCCCAGCCCUGCAAAUCAACCACUGGCGCGGUAUCCGAGAGGUCCUCGAGGCCAACGGCGUCGAGGUUAUGAUCUGCCGUGUCCCCGCGACGAGCAGUAUCAAGGACCGCGCAGCUAUUCUCGAAAAGCUCAUUGGUGAAAAGUACCCAGGUCGUACCAUCAACCUCGUCGCACACUCGAUGGGCGGCCUAGACUGUCGAUACCUCAUUAGCCAACUGGAGCACGAGCAAUUCAAGGUCGCCUCUCUCACGACCAUCUCGACCCCUCACCGCGGUAGUCCGUUUGCCGACUAUGUCAUCGACAAUGUCAUUGGCGCAGACCGCCUCCCACAGCUGCUCGGCGUCAUGGAGGCCAUGCAGAUCCCCAACUCGGGCGACGGCAAUGCCUUUUCCAACCUCCGCACCAAGGCCAUGGCCCAGUUCAACGCCGAGGUCGUCGACGACCCUGACGUCAAGUACUAUUCAUGGGGCGCCAACUUUGAGCCGAGCAUCUUUGACACCUUCCGCUGGCCACACUCGGUCAUUCUCGCCAAGGAGGGACCAAAUGACGGCCUCGUCUCGGUCCAUUCGGCCAGGUGGGGAGAGUACCGCGGCACGUUGCUGGACGUCAACCAUCUUGACCUCGUUGGUUGGGUCAACGCCGUGCGGUACAUGUUGUCGGGUCUGACAGGCAAGCCCAUUGCGUUCAAGCCGGCGACAUUCUACCUAGAGAUUUCCGAUUAUCUGGCCGUUCAAGGCUUUUAG